CGCAGGGGAAGCCGGUGGGCACGGAGCGGUGUGGGUAAUUAAUUGACGUAAAAUGGCGCUGUCUCAAGGAACAAAGAAGAAAGUUUGCUAUUAUUACGAUGGUGACGUGGGGAACUACUACUAUGGCCAGGGCCAUCCCAUGAAACCCCAUAGGAUCCGCAUGACACACAACCUCCUCCUAAACUAUGGACUGUACAGGAAAAUGGAGAUCUAUAGACCACACAAAGCCAAUGGUGAGGAAAUGACAAAGUAUCACAGUGAUGACUACAUCAAGUUCCUGAGGUCCAUCCGACCAGACAAUAUGUCUGAGUACAGCAAACAGAUGCAAAGAUUCAAUGUAGGAGAGGACUGUCCUGUUUUUGAUGGCUUGUUUGAGUUUUGCCAGCUCUCAACAGGUGGCUCUGUCGCUGGGGCAGUGAAGCUGAACAAGCAGCAGACAGACAUUGCCAUCAACUGGGCUGGCGGGCUCCACCACGCCAAGAAGUCUGAGGCCUCCGGCUUCUGCUAUGUCAAUGACAUUGUCCUGGCCAUCCUUGAACUGCUCAAGUACCAUCAGAGGGUGUUGUACAUAGACAUUGACAUCCACCAUGGUGAUGGAGUGGAGGAGGCCUUCUACACCACAGACAGAGUCAUGACUGUGUCCUUCCACAAGUAUGGAGAAUACUUCCCUGGCACUGGAGACUUGAGGGACAUUGGCGCGGGAAAAGGCAAGUACUAUGCAGUAAACUACCCGUUGAGGGAUGGCAUUGAUGAUGAGUCCUAUGAAGCCAUCUUUAAGCCUAUAAUGGCUAAAGUGAUGGAGAUGUACCAACCUAGUGCUGUGGUUCUCCAAUGUGGAGCUGACUCUCUCUCUGGAGACAGACUGGGAUGCUUUAAUCUAACCAUCAAAGGCCAUGCCAAAUGUGUGGAGUACAUGAAGAGCUUUAACCUGCCCCUACUGAUGUUGGGUGGAGGAGGCUACACCAUUCGCAACGUUGCCCGCUGCUGGACCUACGAGACAGCUGUGGCCUUGGACUGUUCUAUCCCCAAUGAGUUGCCCUACAAUGACUACUUUGAGUACUUUGGACCAGACUUCAAGCUGCACAUCAGCCCAUCCAACAUGACCAACCAGAACACAAAUGAGUACCUGGAGAAGAUCAAGCAACGUCUGUUUGAGAACCUGCGCAUGCUUCCCCAUGCCCCCGGGGUCCAGAUGCAGGCAAUCCCCGAGGAUGCCCCACAUCCAGACAGCGGGGAUGAAGAAGAGGAAGACCCUGACAAGCGUGUUUCUAUCCGUGCCCAUGACAAGAGGAUAGCAUGUGAGGAGGAGUUCUCAGACUCUGAAGAUGAGGCAGAGGGGCAGGGAGGAGGCCGACGUAAUGCAGCGAACCACAAAAAGGCUAAACGAGUGAAAAAAGAGGAAGAGAAGGAAGCCGAGGAAAAGAAAGAAGUGAAAGAGGAAGAAAAAGAAGAUGAGAAGAUGGACACAUCAGGACCAAAAGAAGAAGUAAAAACAACUUGAAGUCUAGUGGGGGAAAAAAAUGGAUGUUUCCACAAUUGUUCACGACCUCCACUGACUCCUAUAUUCUUGUAUUGCGAUGAUGAAAGGACUGCUUUUUCUACUCAAGUUUUAUCAUUGUGUUCUUUCUGACAAACCUGGCUCUUUUAGUAUUUUAGCUUUUAUGCAUUUUCAAGUACCAGAUGGGUGGGCUUUGUCACAUAGGACAGACGGUGCAAUGGCAAAGUGUCGACUAGCACAACUGUACAUUUUGAAUAUUCCCAAAGCAUUGUCAAGUCCAAUUUUAUUGGUACAGCCCAACAUCACAAAUUUACCUCUUGACAAUAUGCCUUGUUUGAUUUAUCUGAAUUGUCCUGAUGUCGUAAUCCUCACCCACCAAGGGUUUCACGUAGACUGAAAAAAAAAACAAAUGCUGUAAUAAUUUAACUCGGGUUCGAGCCAGGUCUGCUGAUGAAGGGUUGCUAUUUGAUCACAGCUUUAAUUACAAAUCCCCCACAAUAGGCAAAACAGGAUUUGUGGCUCACUCAGAAUACCUGCAGAAAUAUAGUUGACUCACAAGUCUAGAACUCACAUGCAAAAAAGGCUUUUUAGUUUUUAAACAUUUAUUUAUAAUACUGUUAAGAUAACCAGCAUUAGACAAACAUGUUUGUCUUGUGUUACUUUAUCAGUAAAUGCAUGUUUAGAUUGUCAGCCUUUUGCGUGUGCGUUACCCUGCCUUCGUACAUGCAGGCAGCCCCUUGUCUGUUCAGUAAGUUAUUUUGAACCACGAAUACAUAUUCCUUUAGCCUGUCUUCACUAUAAAUAUCAGGUCAGUGUGCCCCCCCCCCCCCCCAUGUUUCUACUUGCAUUAUUUGUGUUAAGGUAUGAAUGUUUACACCUUCAGAGGAUGUUGAAAAUUUAAGUGAAUUGUUAAGAUUUUUUUUUUGUACUGUUAUACAUGCGGAGUGUUACAAACCCUCCACACAUCGUUGUUUGGA